AUGAAGAACAUCUUCUUCUCCAUGCUGUUCCUUCUCUCCUUCCUCUUCUGCCUCGCCAACGUUAACGAGGCGGCUGUUCCAUGCCCCACUGUUGAUGCGAAAGCAGCUGCCUGUUUGGGGUUUGCCACUGGCAAAGCUAAUAAGCCAACUCCUGCUUGCUGCACUGGGCUGCAAGAACUUGCCAGAACUGUUAAAACAGUUGAUGAUAAGAAGGCUAUUUGCAAGUGCUUGAAGGCUGCGGGAGGUUCUUUGGGUAUAAAAGACCAGUACUUGAGCAAGAUUCCUGGAGCUUGCAACAUCAAAGAUCCACUAAAUGACAAUGAAGCUGAGGCUGUGAUUGGAGAAGCCUAUUUGCAAGUACUUAACUUGAAGGCUGCUGGAGGCUCUUGUGGCGUGAAAGAUGAUGAAAGACCAGUUCUUGAGCCAGUAGCCCAAGAUCCUUUCUGGCUUAUAUAA